GUCUCGAGUAGUCGGUAUUGAAGCGUUACGAAAUAACCACGUGCGAUAUAUAUCGCCCAUUUUGUUGCUAUUGUCUUCGUUGGCGCAGUGCUGUUGAUGUUUGGCUCCCAUCAGUCAACCUCAGCACGUCUAGAUAGCUCUCCUGCACAACUUUUUGCACUUUUCUACCCACAUAGACAAAAUAGUUGUGUCCCGAGAAAAUUUUGCUUCGAAAAUGGGGAGCAAAAAGAACCUUAGGAUGAAAAAAUCGCAACUGCACGUGAAGAGCCUUAAGUUAUUGGACCUUAGUAGAUCUCGCAGCUCAAACCCAGUGUCUGAACUGGCGGGUCUACCAGACGAGCAGCCUGCCAGCCGGGACAUAGUAUACCUACAAUUGCCAGCGGAACUCCAACCAGUGUCGCACAACGCUGUUGAGUCUAAAAAGGAGUAUGUAGAAUAUUCCAAGAAGCGAAAUCCAUCAUCAACGUGGAAUUACUUUCUAACAUCCAACGACCGUCAGUCCGCUAAGUGCAAGAUAUGUUCCCGGAUUAUAAAAACUGCCGGAUCGUCUACAAGCGGGUUACAUGGACAUUUGCGGUCGAGACAUAAGAUAACUAUAGCACUUAAAGCCAAAAAACGCCAAGAAACGCUAUUUCCACAAGUUCAGAAUAAACAUACGACCAUAGACACAAAUUUAUUGAUAGUUAAGCAAGAACAAGCUGAGAUUUCUUUUGAAGUAGACGCACAAAAUGGUGCACCUGGUGAGGACGAACCUAUUGCGAAGAAAAUAAAGCAAGAAGAUGAUCACCCUCAAUCUAUGAUGCUACUUAUUGCUAGAAUGGCAGCGUUAGAUGGAAUACCUUUAAGCAAAUUUUGUACAUCGUUGGAUCUGCGUUGCCUUUUCGAUAAUGCAGGUUAUAAUUUGCCAAAUUCAGUUGCAGAAGUUGUAAACAUAUUGAUAGCACAAUGUGAUGUUAUGAAAGCUGAAUUAGAGGAAAGAAUUGACUGUUUCAAAUCUGAAAGUUAUAAAUUUUGUUUGAGUUUUCAACAAUAUCAGACGUCAUGCAACCAGAUAUACGUUGCUAUUAAUAUACAUAACAAGGACCCUAAUUUUGGGGCCCCUAAAAACCUAGGUCUUUUUAAAGUUACAAGGCCAAUUGAAUUUGAUGAAUUAUUGAAAACAGUAAGUGAUUAUUUAAGUGCAUAUAAAUUAACAUUGAAUGAUGACAUAACCGCAUUUACUUGUGAUAGUUCACUUAUUAAAAAUGAAGUGGGUAUUUAUUUUAAAAAUGAAAGACAAUCGUGUUUAGCUCAAGCAAUCCAACAUGCCGUAAUCGAUGUAUUAUAUCGAAAAGAAUCCAUUCCAACAACCGUUGCAACAUCUAUAAAUUCAGAUGAAAGCGAUGAAGAUUCAACGGAUGAUAACGAAAUGAACGAUCCAUUUUUUAUAAAGAAACCGAUUAUUUCAACUGAACCGCAACUACUUUACAAGAACACUAUUGAUAAAGUAAGAAAGCUUGUUCGUUAUUUUAAAAACUCAACAUCAAGAUAUGGUUUUUUGCAAACUUUGGUUAAAAAGAAAUACGAGAAAGAAAUUGAUUUAAUAAUAGACUGUAAAAAGCGCUGGAGUACAUUGUGUGAAAUGAUCGGGCGUUUUUUGAAAAUGAAAGAAAUAGUUAAAAAAUGUGUGCAAUGUUUUAAUGUGGAUUUGUUUACAAGCGAUGAAGAAUUACGACUACUCACGGAAAUCCAUGACAGUCUAGUUAUUAUUAAAGCAACUGUUACUGCAUUAUGUAAACCCAAUGCUAAUCUUCUAACCGCAGACGCUGCACUAAGAUUUAUGUUACGAAAAUUGGAUGAGCAAGACAAUGAUACAAGUAGGCAUUUUGCAAUGACCUUGAGAGAGCACAUUCAAAGGCGCCGUACAACGAUGUCUAGUUUAUUGCAAUAUUUGCACGAUCACCACUCUUAUGACAAAUACGAAGAUUGUGAAACAUUCAAAAAGCCUACGGCCGGUGAGUUUGUUAACAUAAUAGUAUCACUGCUGACACGUUUAAAGCAACAAAAUGACGUCGAUCAGACAGAAGUAAUACAUAAUUAUACAGAAACAAAUGAACAAUCGUUCGAUGAUCCGUUGAGAUCAGAAGAGGACGAAGAAUUAUCAAUUGAAAAACAGUUAGAGAAGGAAAUCAAUAAUUCUUGUCACGAUAAAUUACCAGUAUCAAAGUUACAGACGCAUGAGUUAGAUCUGAAGAGGAUAGUAAUGGGAGAAAUAUGUAUUUAUAAUAGUGUAGGGGGUAGCCGCGGAACGUAUUUGACGAUGGCUUACGAAUAUUUAUUAUGUGUAGUACCAGCCAUAGCUGAAGCGGAACAGUACUUCUAUUCAUCGAAACAAGCUUAUAAGACACUGAGCAGUCAUCCUAGUAGAAUAUUAAGCACGUUAUUUUUCUUAAAAUCCUAUAUUAUGGAUCAAAAACUCGGACAAUAGUUAAUGUAAUUAAAUUUGUUUAUAGAAAGUUAAACUUAAGAUCAAAAAGUAAUUAAAUUAUGGAACUAAUUAAGAUAUGUUGUUUUAUUGUGUACUAAUAAUUCAUUAUUAAAAUCUUCA